UGCAUAAAUAUCCGCCUUGCUUUCCCGUUGCAACGGAGAUUCCGUCCUCGAACCAGAGCAGCCUCUGCAUCUACCCGUCACAUUCGACCAUGAGCUAUGUCUGAGGGUGGUGGCCCGUUUAAAUCUUCGGAUCGAGAUGCCACUCCUGAGAAAUCUCGUCGAGUGCAUGUCAAGGUCACACGGACGCGAAUGGCAUGCCUGACCUGUAAAGCAAGGAAGAAACGAUGUGAUCUCGUUCGCCCACGAUGUGCAGCUUGCACGAGGUUGAGUCUGUACUGUGAAUGGCCCUCAAUACGCCAUCUCAACGGACGGAGUACCGAAACAAGCUCCCCAUAUCCUGAGAGUCAUAUCUCUCGGCCACCAGUCAACGAGGCCAGCGGACCCCUGGCUGGCCCUGGAUCAACAAUUCAUCGAGAUUCUGCUACACCAGCAGGAGCGUUCAGAACUUACUCAUUUGACCCGCAAGCGGAUGAUGCUGGUAUCGGUACAGCUCACCGCACACCAAUGGCGGGACAACUGGCAGAAAAUGUUGACAUAGGCUCAAGGAAUCAGGCUCUUCCCGGUUCUCAAGCCUUUCCACCUCAAUCUAACCCCAUUGAUGAUGCUGUUCUUCAACUCUGGCUCGAGACUUGUGCUCCAUUUCUUACCGCACCGGUACAAACGAGAUCUCCAAAGAUUCACCCUCCUCUGCGGCUCCCUCCACUGAGCGCCCGAUCGACUCUUCAGCCCGUGGACCCGACGAGUGGUCUACCAGAUGGAGAAAUACAGACUGAGAUCCUGGACUACUUCCGAGACCAACUUACGAGCCUGGUAUCUUACGACGACGUGAUGUUUCCAGAUGCGUUUCAAGUGUUUAGCAUGACGGCAAGCGCCAACAUCGAAAGUCAAGCCGGUAGGGCACUGCAUUGUGGGAUCCUGGCGCUUGCCGCGAGACACAUGGUGAAUAAAGGUCAAUCGUCCAUGGAGAGAGUGAGCGAGCAGCUCGGCGAUGAGGGAUCAGAUAUCAUCAUGACGCGACUGAGGGAGUUGGAACAUGACGGGGAGCCCAAGGAAAGUGAACUGAUCACGUUGCUGGCGGGCUUGUUGAUGUUCCUCAUGUACAAGAUUUGUCGGGGCGAUGUCUGGGGCUUUGGGAAGUAUAUCGCACACUUGGGACGAUUGUGUUCCGUUCUUUUCCCCCUGGAACUGGCAAGACCAAGUCUCAGCAGUCCUAAAUUCUCUCUCUUGGAAGAAGUCGUGUAUCAUGACAGCUGCAGCUCCUCAAUCUACCUUCAAGGCUCAGUCUUACCCUCUGAGACAUCGAUUGCGUACGCAAAUCUCCAACGUGGGACACCCCAUCCAUUGACGGGUCUGGCGCUGCCACUGUACUGCGUUGUACCAUUGAUAGGGCGACUGGUCAAGACAAGAUGGACACAACAGGAUAUGCCGUGGAGCGAUCGAGAGUUAGACGAAUUGACUUCAUCGGUGCAAGAGGUCGAGGACAAGAUAGAGGCCGAGAGAUUGUGGCUUGAGGACCUGGUCAUACGGCUACCAGAUAUGACGAGCCACCGGUAUUUUCACGACGCCUAUCGGAUAGCUUGUAUUCUCCAACUCAAGUGCUUCGUCCUGGACCAUCCUCCUCAGACUCUGACCGUCCAACACUUGGUCCGAAAGGCGCUAUCUCUACUGGAGACGAUGGAAAUGCUGAGUCUGCCUGGGUUCGUAUCGUCUCAUUGGAUACUUUUCACCGUGGCAGUGUGCUCGGCGGGACCCUCUGUCGAACAGAAAGGCCAGAGCAGCGAUCGAGAACGGAUUGUGAAGCUGUACGACCUGGCCAUCUCGCAUUCCUGAACAUGUCUCGUUCCAAGCAGAUCGUCCAGAAACUCUGGGAACAGAACAGAAAGGGGACAGUGUCCGUCCAUUGGUUGGACGUCAUC